AAUAAAUAUUGGAAAAGAAAGCUAGAGAGACUUGCUUUCUUAGUCUCAGUAAGUCACUGAGCUCAGCUUCAGACAGUCUAAGAGUGAAGCUCUGAUAUUUACCAAAACAAAGAUUGAAGCUCUGGUACCUUCUUCCCCGGAUUUUCUGAUUCUCUAGAAGUUUGUUGGAUGCUAGAAUAGUCGGAUCAGUUUAGUGCUUAAGAAUUCAAGGUUAGGGAGUGGAGUAGGCUGAAGUUUUAUUGGCCCUGAUGAUGCUUAAGAGAUGGCUGGGAAGUGUGCUUUUGCUCCUGCUUGGCAUAUUUGCCAAUGCAUUAGGUGCAUUUGUGGGGAUAAACAUUGGCACUGAUGUUUCCAACCUUCCAUCAGAAAUAGAUAUUGUUGCAAUUCUUAAAGCCCAUCAAAUUACACAUGUACGCCUUUAUGAUGCUAAUGCUCGGCUACUGAAAGCCCUUUCAAACAGUAGAAUAGAAGUAAUGGUUGGUGUCACAAAUGAGGAAGUUCUAGGAAUUGGAGAGUCUCCGUCAGCUGCAGCAGCAUGGAUUAAUAAAAAUGUGGCAGCUUACAUGCCUUCGACCAAUAUUACAGCCGUUGCUGUUGGGAGUGAGGUUCUUACCACAAUUCCUCAUGCUGCCUCAGUAUUGGUUUCCGCUAUGAAUAACCUUCAUAAGGCUCUAGUUGCGACAAACCUAAACUUUCAGGUCAAAGUCUCAACUCCACAAUCCAUGGACAUUAUCCCUAGGCCUUUCCCCCCCUCCACCUCCACAUUUAAUUCUUCAUGGAACUCUACAAUUUACCAACUGCUUCAGUUCUUAAAAAACACAAAUUCCUCUUACAUGUUAAAUGCCUAUCCAUAUUAUGGGUACACAAAAGGGGAUGGCAUUUUCCCGAUUGAUUAUGCGCUUUUCCAUCCACUUCCUUCAGUCAAGCAGAUUGUUGACCCAAACACUCUUUUCCACUACAAUAGCAUGUUUGAUGCUAUGGUGGAUGCAAACUAUUACUCUAUAGAUGCUUUUGGUUUCUCUGGUAUCCCUAUUGUUGUUACGGAGACUGGCUGGCCGUGGUUUGGUGGAUCCAAUGAACCUGAUGCCAGUAUAGAAAAUGCCAAGUCAUUCAACAAUAACUUAAUCCGGAGAGUUCUAAACGCUUCAGGUCCGCCUAGCAAGCCAACUUUUCCCAUUAAUACUUACAUUUAUGAGUUAUUCAAUGAAGACAAGAGGCCUGGGCCUGUGUCAGAGAAAAAUUGGGGUGUGCUUUUUACAAAUGGGUCUGCUGUUUAUCCUUUGAGUUUGGGUAAUUCCAGCCAAAUUACUGGAAAUACUUCUGCUGUCUUCUGUGUGGCAAAAGCUGAUGCAGAUUCUGAUAAGUUGCAAGAUGGCUUAAACUGGGCUUGUGGGCAAGGUCAAGCUAACUGCGCAGCCAUUCAGCAGGGGCAACCAUGUUAUCUUCCUAAUAAUCUUGUGAGUCAUGCUUCAUAUGCAUACAAUGAUUAUUAUCAGAAAAUGCAGAGUGUUGGUGGAACAUGUGACUUUGAUGGCACAGCAAUGACAACUGCUGCUGAUCCCAGUCAUGGAACUUGUAGAUUUGCAGGGAGUUCUAAUUCGAGCACAAGUGAACUUUCACCUCGCUCCGCACUUACACCUGAGAGUCCCGGAGCAUGGAGUACAAGCCUUCAAGUUUCGAGACUUCAGUUUGUAAUACCGGCAACAAUUCUAGCUUUGAUGUUCAGUUGAGGGCCCAUGCUGCUGUGUGCGAUACAUGUUGUGCAGUAGAAGGAUUUUUUUGAGUUCCUAACCUAUCUUUUGUUCUCCACCUCUAUUAUUUGGUACAUUGUGAAGUUUAAAUGGAGGCAUUUACUUUAAGUGGCAGCUAGAGCUUGAAUUUGUAUUGUAUUAGACAAACAACAACUGGAACUUGAUUCUGUUCCUCAUGAUAUGAAUGGCAAGGCAAUUGAGCUUAUAAA